AUGGCGUUGGCACAAUUAGAGGAGACAACCAACAGAGUGAGGACCUUAAAUGAAGAGCUCAGGCAAAAAACAGAAAGAGUCAAAGAAGUCGCUUUAGCUGUUGCUGAAGAAUACCCAAACAUUGCUCGUAAUCCUGCCAACCCUUUAGACGUCCUAGACAUACAAUCCGAACUUGACAACUUAAAUGAUAGGUUCAACUAUUUACAGGAACAGCUCUCAGACAAAGUUGUCAUAACAUUUGUUGGAGCAACCAACAGUGGUAAAUCAUCUCUUAUCAACGCCUUACUUCGAGACGACCGUCUUCCCGUUUCUCACGGAGAAACCACAAUGUGCGCUAUCAAAGUUUGCACCACAGAAGCUGAUGAGUGGAAAUUCUAUCUACAUGGGAACGAACUUCCACAGAACACGAUAGAAGAGGUGAAAGAACUCCUUAGCAGGAUGUCUGGCGAGGAAAACGAAGAUGCAAGAAAACAAUUACAACUUGAAACACGCAGCGUGGUGCAGAUAGACUGGCCUAAACAUCUUUGCAAAUGGUUGCCUGAAAAUAUUGUUUUAUACGACACUCCGGGUUUCAACGUUGAUCGUGACGCCAUGAACUUGAUUGAAGAGUGGUGCAGGAAGGCGGAUAUCAUUGUGGCUGUAAUGGAUGUAUCUUCCUCAGCAUUAGUGGAGCUCGCAAGAUUGGUAGCAAGAGUGGAAUGCCAGUAUACUUUUGGUGUUUACACAAAAUGGGACAGAUUCCUUCAGGAAAUACAGAGAAGCCGUACCCGUGUUGAUCACAAUCAGUAUAAGAGCAAUUACACAAAGAACUACCUUGAGAUGGUUGAUAGAGAAUUAGAAACGAUGAAUGAAGAAACACACCGACAGGAGGUACCAAACGAAACGCAAAACAGAACACGACAAGCGCGAGGACGAGAGCAUGGAAACAGAUACGAGAAAGUGUUUUUCGUGGAUAUAGGCAGCAUGGAAGAAAACCAAUUGCCUUUCGCAGACUACCAAGGAGAGCCAACUGAAGACAACACAUUGGAGGAAACGUACACUGAAGGACAAAGGAGUUUUCUAAAGUUUGAGAGAGCUCUAGGAGAGACUGCAAGGGACUUAAAAGGCCCAAUAUUAAUACGAGUAGCUGAUAAUGUCUUUCAAAGAGCUGGGAAAGUGUUCGAACAGUUUCAAAACCUCUUGGAAUAUAUCAGAGAAAAGAGGAAUGAACCUCUGGAUCGUCUAGAUGCAAUGAAGAAGGAUCUUGCCUCCCUUCAGGAACUUAAAGAGAGUAUUAAGAGCACGAAGGAAUUACUGCAUGGCAUUUUAAAUGAUGAUGCCAUCAACGAAUUGGAAGGAGAACUUUGUGAGCGCCUUCAGAACUGUAAAUCAGAAAAGGAGACUUUAAACCAAAUGUUGCAGAAAGUGAACGAUCAAAUGAAAGCAUCUAUUGAGAGAGAAGAUGAAGAAGUCAACAAAAAGUAUAAACAGUGGAGAGAAAAUCGUAAAUCUGACCAUGAAUUUAGUUUGAGUGAGGCGUUGCCAAACUAUGGAAUUCACCAGUACCACCCCUUUACCUUACCAAGGGGUGUGGGCCCUGUCCUUAUGGGAGUCACUUGCGGGAUAGCAGUUGGAGCAGCAGUUGGAACUGUAGGCGCUGCCUUGGCACCCGCAGCAGUAGCUGUAGGGGCGCUUGAAAUAGGUAUAGCUGCAAGUGCUGGUGGUGGAGCUGGAUUAGUUGGAACGAUUGGGGGUUUGGUAGCCUACAGAAGGAAAAGUUUUAUAAGAGAGCGACAAAAGAGGAGGGAAGUUGCUAAACAGUCGCUCGGAAAUAAAUUAAAGAAAUAUAGAGAAGUUGAUCGCAACUCACCACCGUUGGAGGAAAUUGAACGGAUCUCCUCCAACAUUUCCUGUGAGAUAGAACGCCUGAGAGAACAAUAUGAAUCAUCUGAAGAGAUUCAAGACCUUCGUGUAGAAAUCACACAGCUAGAAAAGCGGAUUGAGGAAAUUUCCGGGAUCACAACCCGUCUGCAGGUGAUGAGAGGAAAACUUAACGAGCUGGGGCGAGAGAUGAACUGCACCACUGUGGAAGUUUCACCCGAUGACCAGACAGAAGACCAAACAGAACACCAGACAGAAGACCAGUCACCAAUGAGUAUGACCGAAAUAGGUGCUGGAUUCUCUAUUCAGUGAUUAUGAAUGUGGAGCAAAAACGUCUAAGAUGGGAAGAAUGUAUUGAGCUUCUCAUAUGUCUUGAAAAAAUCGAACGUUAGCGAUGAGGAAAAUAUGGUUGAUUUUGAAUAUAUUUAUCCUCUGGGAAAGGAGACCUACAUGUGUUGCUUACGUUUCACUUCUCGUGCUGUGUUAGGAAAGAAAAUAGUUUUCAAAACGUUAGCUUAAGGACAAGCAUGUUUGUCUAUUUCUAAGCCAAAAGAAUCAGCCAUGAGUGGCUAGUCUGCGUAGCUGGUUGAAGCCAGACGAAGAAAAGAGAUGUUCGAAGAGAUAAUUGAGGCUUCUCCACUCACCGCUGAGCGCACACAAAGCCUUAAGGCUGAGUAGGCUAUGUCUCGCUGUAUCAAGGCUUAUUAGGAAAUUCCGAAAGGUCGAUGUUAAGAGAUAUGUUUUCAUUUUAUAGUAGCCAUUUGCUUUAUCUUCCUAGUUCAGAAGAGAGUUUCAUGUCCAGUAAAGAAUUCUUCAUUUUCCUGAAAAAAAAACUUGCCGUUGGUGCCAGCGGAUGAUCGGGAAUGUUAUUACAAACGGUAAUAUUAACCCAGUGUGUUUGUGUUUGUGAAUCAGGAGUUACUCAAUAAGGAGAAAAUGAUUAAAUACAUAAGAGUAAAAGCAUUGAGUUAAA